AAACAACAAUUACCAAAUCACCUUCCAGCUCUCCGAAUUAAUUCUUUGUCUUUUCUACUCAUCAUACAAUAAUAGCAAAACUAAAAACAUAUAGAAAAUACAGAGUAGCAAGAAAAACAAAAAGGAGAAAGAAAAAGAGCUUCACACUUUCAGGAUCACAUCUCCCCACUCCCAAAAGCAGCAAAAGCCCCACAAACUUUCUAUCUGUCUAUGCUCUCUCACUGUUUUUUUUGUUUAGUUGAACUUUCUCUCUCCUCAUUUCUUUUUGGCGGGAACAACUAACGGCGGCAGCAAAAAAUGCCCGCUUUAACGGCGGAGUCGCCGGUGCAGGAAACAACGUCGUCUGCUGAGUCUAACUUCCGAGAGCUUGACGAUGCUUUCUUGCAGACUCAAGCAAGAAUAUGGCUUGGAGAAUUAUUACAGAUAAGAUUUGAUGAGCAGACGAACAUCUCAGAUUUACUUGCAGAUGGAGAGCUGCUAUUUGAAGUGUCUGAGGUGAUACCAAGAAUUCUACCAACCCUUUCAGUGGAUGAAACUCAGCUAAAAGUGUAUGAACGGAAAUCCCUCCCGUCGAACAAGAGUACCCGAAGUUAUAUGCCUUAUUAUAAUGUUGAUUCGUUUUUAAGGAUGUGCAAAAGUCUGGGCAUGAAUGGAAUUGAUCUCUUCACUCCCUCUGAUGUUGUGGAAAAGAGGAAUACUCGAAAAGUUUGCAUGUGCUUACGUUCUCUUUCAAAGAAAACAAGGUCAAGAGAUUUAAAUGUUCCUGAUUUUGAUAGUGUUACUUGUACUCUAACCAUGCCAACUGAUAUGGUUGAGUGCAUUCGUAAGAACCUGGAGAGGUCACAGUCUAGCUCUUCAGUGUCCGUUGAACAGGAAGGAGAAAAUGUUUCAAGAGUUAGAUUUUGGCGGAGAAUGUCUAAUUCAGCCUCCGCUGUUAGUAAUGGUUACUCAGACAACUGUGAUGAGGCUGAAAGCAGCUUUGCGGUUGCUGAAUCUAUUGGAUCUUCAGACUAUGCUUAUGAUGCUGAAUCUCCGAAUAUUUCAGGUUCACAAGUAGUUGGAGGAGAUAUUUCAGCUCUACAGCUAAGCAUAAGAGACUCUAAAAAUGAGGACGAUGAUCAGUGUGAAUACCUAUCACCAUCUAACGUUGAGUCGGUUGGUUCACCUUCAUCACAAUACUACAGUGAUGAGGAGCUCAACGUGCCGUCCUCAAACUGCCUUGGCUCACGUAUCAGUGGUAAAGUUCCAGAACUAGAUAUGAAUACUAAUCAUGGGUAUCGAAUUAGUAAUGUGAGCCAUGUCCCUAUUGAUUGGGGAACUAGCCAUUUGGAUUCCGGGAACUGUAAAGAUGGCAAUGCCAAUGAUGACGAGGUAGACCAUGUCACCCAUGAUAUAGAAGAUGAAGAUACAACUUGUUCUCGUGAUUUUUAUCCAAGUGGGAAGGAUAUGUGCAAUGAACAUCUUGAAACUUUGAAUAAUCCUUCUAAACUUCAUCGUGACAAGAGGUUGGACUUAGGUGAGGUUCCUAGAUUUAUUCAUGAGGAUGCAUUGUCAAAUAGUAAUGAGCCAUUUGGCUGUGAAGUAGAUCCUAAUAUUGGUAAACCCUAUCAUCAUGCUAAGACUAAUGAUGUGGACCUCCCCAUCGAACUAUUAAUACAGAAUUCCUAUGUUUCCAAGCCCUCAGUAUAUCAUGAUUUUUCAUGUAAUAAUGAGAAUCAUGGGUCCAAAACAUUUACGGAAGAUACAAAUGGUGGAGGGACUUCUUGCUGUGAUGAGUUAGACAAUGAUAAUGAUAUUUCUGCAAAAUUUGUUGCUGAAAGUGCGACAUCUAUCUCAUUACCCCCUGACAGGGACACCAUUAUCGGUGCAGAUAUUCCCUGUUGUCAAAUUAAGCAUGACAAACAGGCAUUUGAUGGCAAUAUGGUGACACCAGAUCACGCAGAACACUCUGACAAUGGUUUUAUUGGUGGCAAUGCAAAUAAUUCAUUGGACAUGCCUCACAUGGAUGGGAAUUCUUCCCCUUAUGUGGUGGUGGCCAAGAACAACACAGUAUGCUCAGUAGACUGUCAUGGUGCUGCGGAGGGGUCGGAGGGUAAUCAUGAUCCGGGUGAAGAUGUUAAUGGGAAACCUAUAAACCUGAAUGAAACAAUUCUUGUUAAUAGUUGCGUUACUGCCCUUUGUGAUCCUGAACCAGAUGCCCAAUCUCUCGAAAAUUUUGAAGAUACAAGCGAUAAGAAUAGUCAAUGUGUGAAAGAGGGCGAACCUGGACAUGUAAAGCGAGAAGUUACCAACAAUGAAAUACCACUACCUAAGCCCCAGAGGAAAUUGUUGAAGUCAGUUGUCAAGGGUACAGCACUAUUAGGCGUUGCUGUUUUCUUGGUCCACCUCAGAAAGAACAGACGGGAGACCCUCUCUGAGGCAAAGAAACAACAAACUCACAUUAUGAAACAGGGUGCGCCUAAGUCAUUGCAAAAGGGCCAAAAAGGUGGUAGUACAAGCAGUGUAUAUCCGGCUGAGAAGCUACGUCUUGGUAUAUAGUGUACAAGAUGGAACCCCAUGCUAAUGGGUGGAAAUCCGAUAUAUACAAGCUUAAAGAUUUUGUGUAUAUAAGAUGAAGGGUACGAGCUAUGUAUGCUGAUAUCCAAGAUUUUAGGAUUUUAAUUGUAUGGGGAGAUACCGACUAUCUUAGCAGAGCAGGAUCUUGGUAUCCCUCUACAAGUUAUUGUCUUUAUACUUCUGCUACUAACUUGCUGCAGUUGAGCAAGGUGUUUCUACCUUUGUUUCUUCCCAAAGGAAACCUUGCUUUAAGAAACUAAAUUUUGUAGAGGGAUCAGGACAUCUGCUAUACAAGCCGCAUAUUUGUUGGCGACUAAUUUAUCUUGAGCAUAUUUGGAAAAAGAUGUACUUGUAUUAUAGCACUUUAGAUGCAAGAUUAAUCAAUAAAAUCAGUAUCUUGGAACUA